CCUCUUCCGAGAGGGGUCACGACCCGGCGGGCGGGGAGCGGGCUUCCGCGGGGGUCGGGCUUGCGGCGGGGCUGCUCGGAGCCCCCGGCCCGGCGCUAUGUCCCGGAACCUGCGCACCGCGCUCAUUUUCGGCGGCUUCGUCACCGUGAUCGGCGCCGCCUUCUACCCCAUCUACUUCCGGCCCCUGAUGCUGCCGGAGGAGUACCAGAAGGAACAGGCCGUAAAUCGAGCUGGAAUUAUUCAAGAAAAUGUGCAGCCACCAGGCUUGAAAGUGUGGUCCGAUCCCUUUGGCAGGAAGUGAGAAGGCUGCCGCCAGCUCUGGUCGUGCGAGACACCUCCCUGCAGUGGUGCUCGCCGUUCUGCAGCAAGGGCGCCACUGACCUCACCAAGGGCAGUGGCACAAGAAGAAAAUGGAAAGGUCCUGGCUCGACGUCCUAGGAUGAACCAACCCUCGCUUCCCUUUCUGUCGGACCCGCAGCAGCUCAGGCUGCUGGGAGGGCUUUCUUGAUUCUGCUGACUUCCCUACACGGUGCUCUCGGCCCGGCUGUUGGCUGUGUAGGAGACCUCUCUCCAUCUCUCCUGCUCCCCCAGCCUGGCCUGCACUACUGGUCCACGCGACCAGCUGUCUCCCGCAGAUCCACGACUGCCCUGCUCCCGUCUCUGAAAUAGGAAUUCUCCAUCAGGAAUCACCAUGCGGAGCAGCCUCCUGGGGCUCUUUGAAAUGUGAACGUCAAUAAAAGUCUUUGAGGACAAAUGCAUUAUGCCCUUUAAGAAUAAACAGUUCAGCUUAACUGGCUCUCAUCUAAGGUGCUUGCUACAAGUCGGAAAGCAGAUAGGAAGCAGGUGGAAGUCGACGGGGUGCAUGCAUAGUAGAAAUUGAGGUGGAUUCACCAGUGGAAGCGUGUAUAUUAAAAUGAUCGAUCCCUUUUUACUUUCA